CUCCCCCCCCCCCUGCCACAAAUAUAUUCUCUCUGUUUCUGCUCAAGAUGUUUAACAGACUCCGUCCCCACCUAUCAGGGCUCUGUGACUUUCCUCACUGACCACCUUGCCGUCCUUCCUCAGACCAUUCCUCUUUCUUCUCCUUGUCCGAUCGUACCCCUACAGCACCAUUUCCUUGCAUCCCCUUCCGUGAGUGUUUGGCUUUGAAGCAUCAUCCUUACUUCGUAUUAUUCACGUGUAAUUUUGGAAAACUCCAAAUAUUAGGAAACAGGGAGUUCGUCAACAUCAGCUUUCAUUUUUGAGACGAGGAGCAAAUUUCGUUGCGGUGAAAUUUAAUUUCUCACAGAAACGAUGGCUGUCGCCAGCCUUUUUCCAAGCUCGGGGCUCCGAGUCGAUGGAAAUGCUACCAAUACCCUGAGUUCGCCUUUCGUUUCGCUUUCUCUGCCGAACAGCUUGUCCAUACGGCGUAGAAAGAGCCGUACGAUUGCUCUCGCACUGAACCAACCUGAUAGUGGUAGAAGCGACCACGUUGUCCGAAAAGCUGUAAGCACUGAGAGAAGAGAGGAAGAGCGAUACUCCACUAUCAGCGAAGAAGAUUAUGCGGAGAAUUUCAGGCCGCCUCACAUUACCGAUGUGUUCGAUAUAUCUCCUCGCCCGUCCACGUUUUGUGCUAAAACUAGCCUUCCCUUACCGGAGGGCCGAACGACCAACCGCUUUAGCAAUGAUCUUGGAAAAAUGUUCAUCCACGAAGAUGAUCGUGUACUCCUCAAGACGAUCAAGUAUGCAUCGCCAGCGUCGGCUGGAGCUGAAUGUGUGGACCGCGAUUGCAAUUUUCAUCAUCAAUGGGUUGCAAGGGCCGGACCUCGACAAAAGAUUUACUUUGACCCAGAAGAGGUCAACGCAGCCAUUGUCACUUGUGGAGGACUUUGUCCUGGCCUCAACGACGUCAUUCGGCAGAUUGUAUUGACAUUGGAUUGCUACGGGGUUGAGAAUAUUCGUGGAAUACCCAACGGCUAUCGCGGUUUUUUCGAGGAAAACCUCCACGACAUUCCUUUAUCAAGGGAGAUAGUACAGAACAUUCACCUUGAAGGAGGGAGUCUGCUGGGUGUUUCCCGUGGAGGUUCUAAAACUGCUGACAUUGUGGACAGCAUAAAGAGGAAGGGUAUCAACAUGCUAUUUGUACUUGGAGGGAAUGGGACUCAUGCAGGCGCACUUGCCAUUCACAACGAGUGUCACAAACGGGGGAUGAAAGUUGUGGUUGUGGGAGUUCCCAAGACGAUCGAUAAUGACAUCCUCCUCAUGGAUAGGACUUUCGGAUUUGAUACAGCUGUUGAAGAAGCCCAGAAGGCUAUCAUGACGGCCUACAUCGAGGCGACGAGUGCUUACAAUGGCGUAGGCAUCGUCAAGUUGAUGGGUAGACAGAGUGGUUUUAUCGCGAUGCAUGCAUCUCUGGCAAGCGGUCAGGUUGAUGUCUGCUUGAUACCAGAGGUAAAAUUCACAUUGGACGGACCUGAAGGAAUGCUGCAGCACAUCCAAUAUUUGCUAGAAACGAAAGGUCGUGCUGUUAUUUGUGUAGCUGAAGGUGCCGGCCAGGAUUUGAUGGCGUCCCUGUCAAAUGGCGCCACUGAUCCGUCGGGAAACCCAAUCUUAGGAGACAUUGGCGUACACCUCACAAAAGAGGUAAAGAGACAUUUCAAGGACAUUGGAGUACCAGCGGAUGUGAAGUACAUUGAUCCUACCUACAUGAUUCGAGCAUGUCGAGCCAAUGCUUCUGACCGAAUCUUGUGUGCUGUACUUGGACAAAAUGCGGUUCAUGCAGGUUUUGCUGGAUUCACUGGCAUUACCGUUGGAAUUGCCAACAAUCACUAUGUGGUACUACCCAUUCCAGAGGUGAUCUCCCAUGCAAGAAAUGUCGAUCCUAACAGCCGAAUGUGGCAUCGGUGUCUUACAUCGACUGGACAACCAGACUUUGCAUAAGCGGAGAGAGAAAGCUAACAUGUUAUUUUCUUUUUCUUGUUCUUUUAUGUUUUUCUUUGAGGAUGCCUUGCUGAACCCCAUGAACGGCAACCUUGUAGACAACACCAGCUCUCUUCAUGAAAAUCAUGCUAUAUAAUAUCGAAAAUCAUUGAGCUAAAAUAGGCACUUCUUGCUUAUGGUAAAUAGCUGUAGGAUAACACGACAACAUUUUAGUUUCUCUUUACUCCGGGUAUCCACAGAGGAGGGUAUGAAAAUAACCAGACUGGGAAAACCUACAGCAGAGGUUUAGACUCUUAUUGUUAUGAUACAUUAUAGAUAAGUUAUGGCCAUGAUCAGGAAACAAUGACUUGUGUAGGGGGUUUGCGACCUUAGAAUCACAUCCCCCAUUUGCCGACAUCUGUGCGCAGCACAUCUUCCACGGUUACAGUAUUUUUGAAAUACAUAAAAGGAUGCACUGAUGUUGAUAGUA